AGGCCGUGUUUUGGAUUCCGUGUAAUGGCGGUGUUCGUGACAUGGAUCCACUGAUGACUUUCUUCAUCCUGUAUUCCUUCGCUGCCUUUAGCCUGGGUCCUGGAGUGUACUGUUUUCUCGGUGUAAAGUGAGGCAUCUCCUAGUUCUUUGCACCCAACCUACUCAAACAUGUCACUGACACUGAGAAGCAUGAAGUAUGGACCUGUUCUGGCUGGUGCUUUUAAACACAGCCAUAUUCUGUACUCAACAACAUCCCCUUCCUCCUGGACUAAAGUGGUGUCCGAGGCAGAGAAGAUUGUUGGUUACCCAACCUCCUUUAUGAGUCUACGCUGCCUGCUCAGUGAUGAGUUAAGCAACAUUGCUCUUCAUGUCAGGAAAUUGUUUGGGACGAAGCAUCCUUUAAUAUCUACAGCCAGGGGGUUUGUCUAUGACCACAGGAACAACCUACAGCUACGAGGUCUGGUUGUUUUGUUGAUGUCAAAAGCAGCUGGACCUAGUAAAACAGCAGAUCCUCCACUGGAAGGAGACCUAGUCAGUGGAAUUUACCCCAGUCAGCGAAAUCUGGCAGAAAUUACAGAACUGAUCCAUACGGCUUUUCUAGUGCAUCGUGGAAUAGUAAACAUGAUGGAGCUGACAUCAUCACAUGGAUCAUUGAAGGAUAUGCAGUUCGGUAACAAGAUGGCUGUUCUGAGUGGAGACUUCCUUCUGGCCAAUGCUUCUACAGGUCUAGCUCAAUUACAGAAUACAAUGGUUGUGGAGCUUGUAUCAAGUGCAAUCGGAGACUUAGUUCAGGGUGUAUAUUACGAAAAUUCUGGAAUUGAUGAGGAGAAAUUAACUGAUGACAUACUGAUGACUAACUGGGAAAAACGAGUUUUUCUGUCCCAUGGAGCUUUGCUGGCAAAGUGUUGUCAAGGUGCAAUGCAACUCGCAAAGCAUGACACUGAAGUUCAAGAGAUGGCAUUUCGGUAUGGCAAACACAUGUCUUUAGCGCACAAGCUUAAUUCUGACCUUCAGCCAUUUGUUGAGGAAACUUUCUGUGAUGCCAUGCCUUUUAGCCUGAACUCUGCUCCCGUAAUAUUACAUCAGGAGACUUCAGGUCGGGACACAUGGAUUAAUCAACUUAAGCAGACCAAAGUAAAUGGAAAACAACCUGAUUAUGCCAAGUUGCGUCAAAUAAUCAAGGCUGGAAAAGGUGUGAGCUCAUCUUUUGAAUUAUGCCAUUACCAUGGAAACCAAGCAUUGGAAGCCCUAAGAUGCUUUCCUACUUCUGAAGCAAGAUCAACUUUGGAAAACAUAAUUUAUGCUGUAACCAAAUUCUAAAUAGUGAAUUGCAAUGGAAAAUCAAACUAUCAUAAAUCCAGGAGGAUAAGAUGUCAGUGGAACCUGCUACUUCAUCCUUCUUUGAAAAAUAAAUCAAGAUGUAGUUAGUUCUGAUUGAAAUUGUGCACUGUGAUGGAUAAAGAUUUAUUCUUUUAAUCACAGUGUAAUGAAGCAAGUCAGCAUGGGCUUUUCCUUCUCCCUCACCUCCCCCUGCAAAAAAAAAUUACAGAAAUUUGCAGAAAGGUCAAACAGUUUUCCCUUGUCAUGCCAGAAGCACACUGGAGGCAGCAAGGGCAGAAAUAAUUAAUGAGUUUUGCUGCUGUGACCUCAGCAAAUGGACAGGAAAUAAGGCCGUAUUGAUUGGACACAACCAGGGAUGGCGCCACUGUGGUGGCCUGUGGUUUUUUCCCUACACUUGGAGGAUGGGGGGAAUGAGACUGCAGGUGUUGCAAGAAACACUUCACAACCUGCCUGAUAGACCUGCCAUAUCAGAGUGUCGUCCAAUUUAUCACCCUAUAGGGCAAUUUUUAGCAUAAAGAUUUCACCCAAGGUUGCACAAACAAUAUAGUUGUUUAAAUUCCUAUUUGUCAAUUGUGAAAAAAAAGAUGUUAGUUUGAUUUAAAAACAUCACCAUUGAUUUAUUACAUCUUGCACAUAUACAGUCAAGGUUUGAUUAUUUUUCACCAGAUCUUGUUGUUGCUGAUGUGUUCUUUUGGGUUUCCCUAUUUAUUGGGAAGGUCCAGUUUGAUACCUUCAGACAAAUACUACACUUAAAACUGCAACAGUAAAUCAAUAAUUUGUUUGUGGUAAAAUUAGAAAAUGCACCAUUUGUUAAAGUGUAUGUCUGUUUUAUAUCCCUCAAAGUUGUCUUUUUCUGCCUGCAUCUGUUGAUGGCUCUAACCAAAGGUAGAAGAAUGAUUUUAUAAUAAAAUGCCUAAAAUAAGA